AUGAAAAUACGCAAGUCGCCUCGACGCAUUUCCCAUGCAAUCAACGUCAAUCACGAGGUGGACACGUCUGAAGUCCGUUUUCACGAACUUUCCGAUGUCGUCGAUGUGUUUAUAAUUUGCGAAUCUAACUACACAGCAUUUGGAAAUGCCGAAGAACCUAACAUUUCUUUCACUGCUGCAAAGGGCUUUCUUAAGGAGUUUCAGCACAAAAUUGCAUACAUAUUCCUUGACCAUUUCCCUCGGGAGAAAAAGGAAGAUGGUUGGGCUGCUGAUCGAUACUUGAGAACGUUCAUGGGCAAAAAGGCCUUAACUCAAAUAAUUGGAUACCGCCCUGAUGACCUCAUUGUCCUGGCAGACGCGGACGAGAUACCCAGUAGUGAUGUUCUUUGGUUUCUCAAGAUGUAUGAUGGCUAUUCUGAACCGAUAGCAUUUACACUCCGUUGGUCCUAUUAUGGAUUCUUCUGGAAGGGACCAAAUGACAAGCACACACAGGUGAUAAGUGCAGCUACAAUAGCAUAUGUUAAGUAUGUGUGCGACAGUGAUCUAAUCAAACUUCGGCGGCCGCCUAAACAACUGAACAGUGAUGCUUACCGCAGUGCCUUCAAUCGUAGUGUCUUAACCUGGACCAUUGGACCUCCGCAGGGACCAUUUGCAGGAUGGCACUGUUCCUGGUGCUUUCCACCACAGGGCAUCCAAACUAAGCUCAUAUCAGCGCAAAACGGUGACUUUCCGCGUUGGGGUAACUUUAAGGCAAAACAGAACCUGGACUACAUAAAGGGCCUAAUUAGAGAUGGGAAGUAUUUCGAUGGUUCGCAUCCGUUUAAUGCGAUAGUAACCCUAAAAAGUGAUGAUUUUUAUGCACCUUCCUAUGUACUGAGCAAUCCGAAGAGAUUUUCUUACUUACUUCAUAACCCCUAUAGGAGCACAUAGAUGUGAUUUAAUAAUGUGUCUGAUAACAUAAAUUUAUCACUCACUUGUUAAAAAUUUCAAAUAGUUUAUGUACCGUUUAUCACACUUUGACUGAUUCCAUACUGCCAUCUAACCUCACUUGUGUAUAGUAAAGGGUGUCAUAGACGUACGUAGCGAAAUAAUACUGGGAGAAUUGUAUACUACUCCAUGCAGAAUACCAGUGAAAUAGUAAGUAAUUAGGUAAAGUGAUGUGUGCUGUGCACUAACUCUUUUGUGAGAUUGCAUUUUCAAAGUGCAGGUUCGGAAAUUAGUUGUAGUUUCUUAUUGUUGAUGUGGUCAAAUUUCGUUUGAUCAGAAAUAACUUGGCAUACAAUGUCGCAGACAAGGGAUUAAUGGGGGGGGGAGGGGGGUAGCAGUGUAAUCCAAUGUUUACUAAAUGUUGCCAUUAUAUUUAUGCAUGCAAAUAUAGUGUGUGGACCAUUUGAUUUCAACAUAACACUUUCCUUUGUCUUACAAAAAAUGUAAUUUCAAAACGCAAGCAAUAAUUUUUGAUUAUUGAAGUGGCACAAAGUUUACGCACGUCAUGUUUUGAGGUUAUAAUUACCAUGUAUGAUACAUUCUAGAUUGAAAUCAGGGCCGUAGGCUGAGCAUAUUCCUAGGGGGGGGGACAGUGGCGGA